ACCUGUACUUCGAUCUUCUCAAACAAAAUCAUCAAUCAAUUCCACUUUCAAUCAUCUGUUACAAUGGCUCCAACAACUUGGCUACCUCUUCUCCUAUACAUCCUCACUACCUUCUUCAUCCCUCUACAAACGGUCGAAGCGCUAGUCAAGCGAGCUAUGCCAAAGCUGACUCUCCCCUACGCUACUUACGAGGCCGCAAACUACAAUCCCCUCUCAGAUGUUCGUUCUACUUCCUCUAUAUGUACCUUUCCCGGUCCUGAUGACGCCAAAGCUAAUGGAGAUUUUCAGGUCUACACAUUCAAAAACGUCCGCUUCGCGGCUCCGCCCCUAGGUGACCUCCGCUGGGCAAUACCUGAACAACCACUUGUUGAACCUGGGGUCCAGAACGGAUCGGUUGGAUUUGCAUGCACGCAAAGCUUGCCUGCAGGACUGAAUGUGGGUUCGGGGAGCCGCAGUCCGAAGCUAGAUUAUUUCUUCCUUGAUGUAUACGUGCCAGGCAAGGCAAUUCGGGGGGAAGUAGCGAAGUUACCGGUGAUCGUGUGGAUAUAUGGAUGUGGUUACUCGGCCGGGUCAAAGGAUGGCGGGAUCUCUCUAGGGCUGUACGACGGAACCGGCCCAAUCGUGAGUUCUGGUGGCAAUAUCAUCGUAGUGACGUUUAAUUACAGGGUCGGCGUGUACGGGUGCCUCGCCGGCAGGACUGUCGAGGCUGAAGCUGUAGCUAACGCCGGUCUCCACGACCAGUACGCCGCCUUCGAAUGGGCGAACAAAUACAUUUCCAUCCUCGGCGGUGACUCUAAUACCGUCUCUGCUUGGGGCGAGUCCGCAGGCGCCGGUUCAAUCUACCGGCUCCUAACGAGAGAAAGCGGAACGAGUCCAGGGUUUCCGGAUAAGAUUGACCGCAACUGCUCUAUCGAGCGGGACUACCAGAAGUUCGAAAAAGCAGCGGGAUGCGAAGGUCAGGGAUUGGCGUGCUUGCGCAACACAGACGCCUCCAUUAUCAACCAGGCCAACGAUCUAGUUACUAGUAAUCCAAUUGCCCCUGUGGUUUUCAGUCCGGCGCCAGAUGGGAUUUAUUUCCGUCAGCAUCCUGCAGUAGAGUUCGCCUUAGGCAAUAACUGGGCGGAGAUGGAUUCUGUUAUCCCCUCGCACUGCCUUGAUGAAGGAGCGUUAUUCGUCAACCACUCUAUCCUAACGGACAAGGAUCUUAACGACUACCUUGAAUAUACCUGGCCGGCUUACGCAGUCAAAGACUACGAUGUAGUAAAUAAAAUCGAGGCCGAGUACCCUUCCGCGGCUUUCAAAACCGAAGCGGAUAGAUACAAGGCCAUUAUUGCACAAUCCAGCUUCCUCUACAAUACCAAUUUUCUUAGUGUUGCGUACUCUGGCAAAACCUACAACGCGCAAUUUUCCGCACUCAACGGAACUCAUGGCUCAGACGUUCUGCCGACCUGGUACGAUCCUUUCGCCUUUACCAAUGUCUCCGGGAUCGAGCUCCCGCUUUGGAGUACGUCGCUAUUCAAAGGCUUGCCGAUCCCAGGUGUUGCUCGCGGAUAUCAGUCAUACCUCGUCAGCCAUGCCCGCUUUGGCAACCCCAACUCCAACCAGUCUCUCAACAUUCCGCCAACGAUAGAGUGGCCGGUGGUGGGGGGACAUCCUGACGGGUCUUCCCCAAACUAUCUUUGGGAUGUGCUUAAUGUCACCGACACUGGCUUUGAGCUUAUCGAGGAUAGGACGCAAAAUCGCUCUAUUUGCCUUUUCUGGGGCGGGAUUAUUUUCGCGACCACGGUCUUUGGUGGGUAUGACUUCCCUAGGCUCGCGGGUGGGUGGCGCGUCUAGCUAGACAAAAUGCG